GGUUUUUGUGAUCUAGUUAAAUAAUUUUUCAUUUAAAGUAUUUUAAACAUUUCUUUUGAUCGAAUAUAUUGUGAAAUGAAGAAAUAUAAAAAUCAAAGACUUCUAAUUUGUCCUAGUUUAGCUGCUAAUUUACGAACUUCGCAAUAUAUGAAUUUAUUUCUCUCUCUUAAGUGUCUACCUAUAUUUUUAUGGAAAUGUUUUUAAUGUUUGAUCUAUACGUCAGAUUUAUUAAAGCUGUCAUAUAAACUAAUGGUGAGACAAUCUUCACUGGAUACGGUCCAGGGUGGACUACUGGAUAUUAAUUCAAGUAUGGAUGCUAACGUUAUGUUUCAAAAUCUUUUGGAUUACAAUGCAGCGAAGCGAGUAGAAAUAUUAAUAGUGAUGAGAAAGCUGUUAAAAAAUGGUAAUGGCCAUUUACCAUUUCAAGAUUCGUCCACAGAUUCUAUAUUUGACGUAUUAUACCACGUAUUAGAUGACUCUCGGUGGGAAGUACGUUAUCAGUGUUUGUUAUUAAUUGGAACUGUUAUUCCAAGCAGUACUUCUGAAGUUGAUUCUUAUAUGAUGCAUUUGAUGCAUAAAAUCAUAGCAAAUCUGGGGCAUGAAAAUGUUAAUGUGCGACGUGCUGCUUUGCAAGUACUUCAUGUUUACAUGAAGCACACAAAUAACCUCCAGAACUUUCAAAAAAUGUUUAUUCAUUAUGGCCUAGAAAAUGCUGAGUACAUAGUUCGAAAAGGAUGUAUUAUGAGUAUUGGAAUUCUCUUCACAGCUGAUUUUGAAAAUGAGAAUUUAUUUCCACUUAUAGAAUGCCUGUCAAAGCAUUUUGUUGAUGGGGAUGCUUCUUUGUUCUAUCCCAUAUUUUUAGCAAUGCAAAAAAUAAAUGAUCUUGUUGGAGCUUCAAUAUUUGACCAGUAUCUGCAGAAACUGGAUGAAGAAGCUGCAAAUACAUAUCGAAGAGUUUUAAAUAAGUUUACUAUCAAUGAUUCUCAUUUAAGUAGCAGUUCAGGUAGUCGAUCUAGCUUCUCUCACAUUAAUGGUCUUACUUCUAACAUUGGAAAUAAGCUGCUAAAGUAUGAUUUUGGUAUAUUUCAACCAUAUAUUACUGAAAAAAUUAAAAAUGAUGACUGGAAAACUCGAAUUGAAGCAAUAGAGCACAUGAAAAUUGUUAUUAGAGAAACUCCAGACUUUUGUGAGAAAAUAUCAGAUAUGGAUGAAUAUAUGGUAUUUUUAUCAAAACUUUUAGAAGAUUCAAAUUUUAAAAUUGUAAUUCAAACUUUAAGUAUAUAUGAUUUACUGAUUGAUAAAUUUAGGAAUCAGAUGAGGCGGUUUCUAAAAACAUUUGUGACAUCAGUUUUGAAAAGACUUGGUGAUUCAAAACUAGUUGUUCGUGAACAUGCUAUAAGAGUGAUUCAUAAAUUGAUGCAUUAUAUUAGGCCUACAGAGGUUUUAGGUAAUCUUCUACAGUUCAAAGACAGUCGUAACCCACGUCUAAGAGAAGAAAUUGUAAACCGUGUUACUGCAGCUGUUUUAACUUUUCCUAGUUACAACUUUGAAUUUCUUCCUUUGUGUGAGUCUGUUGCACCUCUUCUUGCUGAUAUUAAAAGACGUGUAAGGCUUUCUGCAUUGGAGUGUUUUGCAGCUCUUGCUCAAGCCAUGGGACCGACUCGCCUUGUGCCCUUAGUCACAGCAGUUGAUGCUGUAGAGAUAAAUUGUGAUGCUGAUGGUUUGCUUGCUGCUGUGCAAGCUCGUUUAGCUCGCCGUAUACUUCCCAGAUGUAAUGAGGAUGGUGCUGUUACAUAUGCAAUCACACUACCAUCAUCUGCUGGAACCCAGAAUCGAAAUGCAUCUGCUUGGGGUCCAGAUAUUGACUGGAUAAUGGCAGCAUCUGGAUCAUCAAGUUCUUCCACUCCUCCAUCAAGAAGCAAAGAAAUAUCUGAUAUUGAUCAAAAUGGAGAAUCUUCCAUUGGUAAAUUGACAGACAUGAAUAAGUUGAAGAGUCAAGAUGGAAUUUUCCUUUUCAAAAGAGAUAAUAGUUGGGUGAAUACACCUGGUGAUAUUUUAUCACAGACUAUUAAUCAGGUUAUUGGAAAUGGAACAUGCUAUGAACAAUCACGAAAAUUCAGUGAAGAUACUAAGGAAGACAAAGUUAAGCAGGUUAUAAAUUGUGAGAAAUUUCCAUCUGUUUCACGUGUGAUGGUACACUCAUCAGCAUCUAAUGAGAAGAAAACCUAUCCAGAAUUUACAAAAACAAGGCCUGUUAUUGUAAACAGUAAAAUUCCUGUCUUGGCUCGAGUUUCAGGAAGGAAGCAGACUUCUGAAGAACCCAUAGCCAUGACAAAACCUUUUCCUGUACGAGCAUUAUCAGCUGAACGUCAUAACACUCUGCCGUCAUUCCAAGUUAGGUAUUCUGCCACACAAAGGCGGGCUUCAAAUGGUGUGACAUGUGAAAGCAGAGGUCAAAACAUAUUGAUGGACAGAAGUAAUAAAGAAGCUGUUUUAUAAUUGUAUGCCUUACUCAACUGAUCUUCCUUCUGAAUUUUGCUAAGAGAUAUAUAAAAAUAGCUGCAUAGUAUACAGAUUUCUGCUAAUCUUCAAUAAAGCUUUCUGUACAUGAUAGAAGCUGAUAACUCUUCAAGUUGCUGUUACAAGAACAACUUGUAUUACUCAUGUACUAGUUAAAUAUUCUGCUCCAUCUCGACAUUAAUUGCAUAUACUGAUACUAAAACAGAAAUUUAAAGUUUCUGUUUUCUUUAACUAAGAAUUUGUAAUGAUAAUUUACAUUUAAAACUUAUUUCAUUUGAAGUAAACAGAAACUUGUCUCACAUUCAGUUAUUGAGCCAUGUAUGAAUAACUUUAGUGUGGCUUGAGCAGAUCUGUAUUACUGACAUCACUGUACCAUAAAGGCAAAUGUCAGUUAUUUAUAUUUGAUUUAGCAAAUGCUACAUUGACGUCUUUCUUGUUGUAAUGAGGUCUUUAUUUUCAUUGUGGCCAUUUAAAUUUGUUAAACAUAUUUUGAACAUGAAAUAAUAAGCCAAAUGGGCAAAGUAUCUUUUUUUUUUUUUUUUUUUAAAUCUGUUGUAAAUUGCGGCAGUUUGGACUGAUUUUCAUAUGGUAUGCUAAUGUAACAUUUUUUAAAAUUUAUUAUGUAAUUCAUUAUAUAUUAAGUUGUCACAAAUUUUGUGAUUCUUCUGUAAUUAAUGAAAAUUAGUGAAAUAUAUACAAUACACAUGAACAAGUUACUGAAUCUCCUUCAAGUCUUCAGCAUUUUAAAUCUGCUGUACUAGUUAGAGGUUUGUGAACUACAGCAACAUCCUUUAUGGAGUAAUAAUUUAUGUAUAUGUAAUAUAAUUUGAUAGGGAAAGAUUUUAAUAUUGUUCAAAAUUUGUGAAAAUACUAAUAAUUUUUUAUAUAUAAUCAUUUUAUCAUAUCGCAGUGUAAAAUAUUUUAUAUGUAUGACCACUUUUCUUCACUAGUGUCUAAAUCGCUAGCAGAAUUGAAGUUAUUAGAUUUUAUGAUAAUUUGAUGAUAUUCUGGAAUUUUUAGCAGCCACAAAAUUUAAUCAGUAUUUUCAAGGAGAAUAAAAAUCUGUAAUUUUCCUCCAUCUUUGUAAGUUGUAUCUGUUAAAAGUAAAAUAUGUUAUACUGCUUGAUAAAACUGAACUCUUAACUUUUCAUCACAUCAGUUUAAAGCUAUUUUCAGGUUAUGUAUAAUUAUUUUCAAUAAGUGAUUUAGAAUACAUUUUCGUUCACUGUUUUUAAGUAAGACUGCUGAGCUUUUUAGCAAGAAAUGUAUAUUUCAUGAUUUGUGUUUAUUAAUUUAUAGUGUAGUUAAAAAUUUAUGAAAAGGAAUAUUGUUUCAGAAAAGUUCAGAGCUAAACAAAAAGGGUAAUUGUAAGCACAUAAUGUUUCCGUUUCAGAUUUUUAUCUAAGAAUUUUAAACAUUACUUUUCUAAGAUUAAAAAAAAAUCAGACUUAAAUUAUUAUUUUUGAUAGAAAAACCUUUUUAAGUAAAAAAAAAAAAAAAAAAAUUUCUUUAAAACGAGUUUCACCAGAAGGUUGAAUUUUAGUUAUUUUUAAAUGCUUAAUUGCCAUCUUUCUGUUCCAUUUAUUUAAUUAGUGAUUUCAUAUUCAUUUUUUUCGUUUUGACAACCCCAAUUUAAGUAUACAAAUUUUAGAAAUAAAGUUAUUUGAAACCGAAUCCACCAUUCUGGAUCACCCUUUUGCAGGUAUAUAAUAUGUGCAGGAUAUAGGAUAUAUGUACAUGGAUAUAGGAUAUAUGUAUUUGGAAUAUUUUUCUUAUAAGGUGAAUGGAUCUUGCGCAUCAUGAGAAGUAUUCACAAUCAGUCUAAUUUCAGAAAAAUUUGCGUUCAUAACAGUAUUUUUGUACCUUUGGAGAAAGCAAUUUUUUAUAUCAUUAUUCAUUUUACUGAACAGUUCCAAUGUGUUUUUUGUAUUUAAUGUUUUCUCUAGAAUAUCACAUAUUUGAAUGACUGUCAGUAGUUUCUGAAUUUUACAUCAAAACUCAUUUUUUUUAGUACGUUAAACUGUUCAUUAGAAUAGGAGGUUUUGCUUGCAUUGCUGUUGUAUUUAUAUUCUUGUUUAUUUUUUAAAGCUUCAUACAUCAUUUCAAUUUCAGCAUUACGGUGGAAACCUAAUUGUUACUUUCUAGUAUAGGAAACCUUUUGAGGUAAAGAAAAUUUCUUUGAAACCAAUUAUACCAGAAGAUUGAAGUUUACUUAUUUUUAAAUGUUUAAUUGCCAUCUUUAUGUUCCUUGUAUCUUUUGAGUAAUUUCAUAAUAAAUAGGUAGAAUCGCA